CGGCACUAGGUUUAUUAGACUGGUUUAGAAAAGAAAAGAAAAACAGAGCGUGUUUUUUAUGUACUGUGUUGUCCCCGUGUAAUGCUCUGAUGAGUGGGUUUAAAAAGAAUGAAUAACGUGCUUGUUCGCAGUGAAAUGACUCAGAAGCGUCUUGCCAACUUUUCCUCUCUAAGCGACCCCUGUUAGUUUUUCCUGCAGAAAAUCGACAGGAGCGUCUCGAAGGACGAAGGAAGACCCGACUCUCUUCAUCAGCCAUGUCGGCGGCGAGGGGACAAGCAGAUCCGCAGCGCUUCAACAUGAAUCACUACGCCACUAAGAAGACGGUGGCUGAAAGCAUGCUGGACGUAGCUCUGCUCAUGGCCAACGCUUCUCAGCUGAAAGCCGUGCUGGAACAAGGCCCCGGGUUUAAAUACUACCUGACUGUGAUUGUUCUCAUCACAGUCUCGCUCUUCUUCCAAGUGCUCGCUGGGGGUUUCUUCAUUCUCAUGGCACGUAAAGAUCUCAAUAUCGUCGCUAAUCAAAGAAGACUGGACGUAAUGAAUAACAUAGCGACUGCGCUAGUGUUCCUCACCGUCAUCAUCAACAUCUUCAUCACUGCGUUCGGCGUGCAGAAGACCGGUCUAUACCCCGACCAGUGAACUUUAAUGGAAGGUUACAGAUUGGAAACCUGAGAUUACAGGACAUCUAUCAUCAGUGAGUCCUGGAAGCCUGUACGGGACAUUUAAAAUAAUAAUAAUAAUAAUAAUAAUAAUAAUAAUAAUAAUAACGAUAAUAACAAUAAUAAUAAUAAUAAUAAUAACAAUAAUAAUAACAAUGAUGACAAUAAUAAUAAUAAUAAUAAUAAUAAUAAUAAUAAUAAUAAUAAUAAAUAAAACACUUUAUUAUACUAUGUUCAGUACUGAUUACCUUUGCAUUGAUGGAACUUUAUAAGGUAUUUAACGUUAUAAAUUUCUUCGAUUUUUGUUUUAACAUAUCACUUUAAGCAUUCGAAUUUUCAAUGGAUUCAUUUGCUCGUUUAUCUUUUAAAAAUAAAGAGCAAAACAUUCCAGUGCUGAAAUCUAUUCAGACACGUUUAUGACUGAGGUUUAGUGUAAUGUCAUCGUUAACUUUAUUAACAAAAAAACACACGUAAAAAAGUGCUCAUUUUCUUUUUUGUAAGUUUCAUAAAAUCUAAGCAAGUCACACUCCACUGUAUUAUUAUUAUUAUUAUUAUUAUUAUUAUUAGAUAAAGUGUGCUGUGCUGUGAUAUUAUGUGAUAAGGUGUUAAUGUGUUUGGGGCAGUGGUGGCUCAACUGUUAAGGCUCCAAGUUACUGAUCAGAAGGUCAGGGUUCAAGCCAAGCUGCCACUGCUGGGCCCUUGAGCAAGGCCCUUAACCUUCUCUGCUCCAGGGGCGCUGUAUCAUGGCUGACCCUGAACUCUGACCCCGGCUUCCUAACAAGCUGGGAUAUGUGAAGAAAAGAAUUUCGCUGUGCUGUAACGUAUAUGUGACGAAUAAAGGCUUCUUCUAAUAUAUUCUUCUAAUAUGAUAUGUAUAAUAGACACAAAUUCUGCUCGUGAUACAUUUCUCAGUAAAAAGGAAUGAAAAGUGAAA